CUUCAUUUUCCCCAAUAUAAAUACAACUCUUCCCUCCCAUCCCAUCUCCACAAAUCAAAAAAACACACCAAACCAACAAUCUCCAUCAUCAUUCAGCCACAAUAACCAUAUCAAAACCUUCAUUUUGCAACCGCAUUUUACCCGUUUAAUUGCACAUUAAUUUUUACUGUUGUGCCUAGCUAGUUAAACAAGCGCAUAGUCUAUUUCUUGUCACGAGUUUGUCACGUAUAUAUAAAAUAAAACUACAUGGAUAGGGUGGCAAAAUUGGCUUCACAAAGGGCAGUUGUGAUAUUCAGCAAGACUUCAUGUUGCAUGUGCCAUGCAAUCAAGAGACUGUUUUAUGAGCAAGGAGUGAGCCCUAUGAUCCAUGAGCUGGAUCAGGACUCAAGAGGUAAAGAAAUGGAAUGGGCUUUGGUGAGGCUAGGUUGCAACCCUUCUGUGCCAGCAGUUUACAUUGGGGGUAAAUUCAUUGGUUCUGCUAACACCAUCAUGACACUCCAUCUUAAUGGAUCCCUCAAACAGAUGCUCAAAGAUGCUGGUGCUUUGUGGCUCUAAUCAUAUAAAUUUUGUCCCUCUUUUUGGCUUUGCAUUAGUUUAGUUUGCUGAUGAGGUUCGAACUCUCGACUAAAACCAAUUCAUCGCUUCACUUUUUAUUCUCGAAUUGGUCAUUUUCCAAAUAUAGUCAAAUUAAUGCGGCAACAAAUAGGAAAUUUGGAGGAUACAUAUCUUUCUUUUUUGUAUUCUACGAGUUUUCAUAAUCCUUAUUAAUGAAAAGCUAAUUUUGCGAU